AUGGCAGCCACAGGCAUCACGCCGUUACAAGAAACUGCCUUCCGCCGCGGUACCUUGAGAGGAAAGCCACUAACCGCCCAAGAACGCGAAGAACUCAUCAAACCUUUCCUCCCCUCCGAACCCGCCACCUCCUCCGAAUCAGAAUCGAGAAAAAGGAAGGCAGCCCGCGACCGCAAACGCGUAGCUCAACAAACCAAGCGCAAGCAUGGACCUGUCAAGGUCUUCGUACACUUUGCUGUAUACCACUUCAUCGCACUGCUUUUCAGCAUCUUCUUCCGCUUCCGCCGCGCAUACCGACUUGUACGUGGGAAGAUAGUCUCGCUGCUCAAGUACCACCAUCGCACGCCCGAGUUCAUUGCCCACGAUGUCAAACACCUCGAGAAGAUGCCCAAGCACCUUAGCGUAAUAGUCGAAUACCAAGAAGAUGAUGGCAGCCAGGGAACAGCCGGGCUUGAAGGCCUCGUAAACGAUGUAUGCGAGAUUGCAGCGUGGACGGCCAGUGCAGGCAUCCCAUUUCUGAGCGUGUACGAGAGGACCGGUGUGCUGAAGAACUAUCUCCCCCAAACACACGCCAGUAUCUGGAGCACUUUGGAAGCUUACUUUGGGCCUCAGCGGAAACCCUCGCUCUCCCUUCGCGCGCCCCACUUGAGUUCUUAUUCUCCGCCGAACACGCCUCUUCAGAAUGCAGAGCUCAAUGAAGGGGCCCCAAAAGAGGAGCGACAACAUCUGACGGUUCUUCUCCUCUCUGAACACGAUGGUCGCGACACUAUAGUGGAUUUGACGCGCACACUCGCUGAGAUGGCCCAGAAGGGUGAUGUGCAACAAGAGCAAAUCAACAGUGAUUUGAUUGACGCCCAAUUGAACGACCACGUCUCGAGCGAGCCUGAUUUAUUGGUUUUGUUCAGCCCGACUGUACAAUUAAAGGGAUACCCACCAUGGCAACUUAGGUUGACAGAGAUCUUCCAUCUACCAGACAACAAGGGUGUCAACUACCAAGUCUUCCUCAGAGCGCUCUACAACUUCGCCAAGGUUGAAAUGCGCCUUGGAAGGUGA